ACAACUCACUACAGUCUACUACUAUGUGUUCUUAACAUGCUUGUAUUUUCAGUUCUGCAAAUCAUGGGAACAAAUAAGAUUCCGGGAGUUAUCGUGUUCGGAGACUCCACAGUUGAUGCAGGAAAUAACAAUCACAUUCCAACACUGGCAAGAAGUAACUUUCUACCAUAUGGACAAGAUUUUGAAGGUGGAAAACCCACUGGAAGGUUUUGCAACGGUCGGUUGACCACUGAUUUCCUAGCAGAGAUGUUAGGGAUCAAACAUUCCAUACCUGCAUAUCUGGAUACAGCUUUUGGUAUUGAAGAUUUUGUUACCGGAGUUACCUUUGCAUCAGCUGCAACUGGUUAUGAUGUUGCAACUUCUAAAGUGUUAUCUGUGAUACCUCUAUCUGAAGAGUUGGAAAACUUCAAAGAGUACCUGGAGAAGUUAACAUCCUUUCUUGGGAAGGAUGGUGCAGUGAAGGCAGCAAGAGAAUCAUUGUACUUUAUCAGCAUUGGAACGAAUGAUUUCAUCGAGAAUUACUUCACAAUGCCGGGAAGAUCAUCCCAUUUUACGAUAGAUGAAUACGAGAAUUUUCUCCUUGGCAUUGCAAGAAAUUUCCUUACUGAGCUUUAUAAUUUGGGUGCUAGAAAAUUAUCACUAUCUGGGCUUCCUCCUUGUGGUUGCCUACCGAUAGCAAGAACUUUGAAUCACAUUUCUGUAAUACCGAGUUUGGAAGAGUUAAACAGAGCUAGUAAAGACUUUAAUGUCAGGUUACAACAUUUGAUGGCGAGUUUGAAUAAAGAGCUUAAGGGGAUCAAACUGGUGUAUGCAGAUAUCUACCAUCCUCUUCUACAUAUCAUUCAAAAUCCGGAUCAAUAUGGUAAAUCUUGGUUUUUAUGUUUCAACCAAACUUUAGACCCAAUGUAGUCACAGACACCACAAUUUAAAGCACUGCUGAGUUUGUUUUUCCUUUAUGAACUGUGCAUGGGGAACCAAAAGGAUUCGAGAACAUAGAGGAAGGAUGCUGCGGAACGGGGACAAUUGAGUUUGCGGUUUUGUGCGAAGCUGGAAAUCCGUUAACUUGUACCGACCCA